AUGAAGAUGCUGUGGCUCAGUCUUCUGACUCUUAUGAUGCUCAGCCAGACUCCUGUCACAGCCUUUCCUCUCCGGAGCUCCGACCUGCCUACACAAAUCAAUGCUGGACUGCCUGAAGCUGAGCAGAAGUUUGCAGAGGUACUGAUAUUUUUGUUUUACUGUAGUUUUAUCUACAGGAAUGUCACUCUAGCCAGCUUUACAGCUUCACUCCUUAUACGUGAGUGCUUUAUUCAGGCUUUUCAGGGAUCUGUUGAUCAGGUCAAAGCCCGAGUUACUCAGUAGUUGUUUUUUUUGUUUUGUUUUUCUGACUUGCUGAUAGUUUUGUGUUUUAUUUUAAUUAAAAUUACCCCAUAGAUACAGUAGUAUAAGUCUUCAAUGCAUAGUAACACAAAGGUGGUUUUAGUGUAGGGACUUACUUCUUUAAGAGGAGGUUGGGUACUAAAGUAAAACAAUGAAUUAUCAUUAUUGUAUAAACAUAUAUAUUUAUAUAGUUUUUUUUUAUAUAGAUGGGAGGUGAAAGAAGUAUUUUUUUUCACUUUCAGAUCCUCCACUUGUUCAUCUUGAAAAACACAGCUCUCUCUUAUUGUUUUGAUAAGUUAGUAAAUGAGGAAAAUGUCAGUAACGCAGUAAUUAAUUUCUGCAUUCUAUACCUGAACCGGAGAAGCCGCAGAGAUAGUGAUCAUUUAUCAUCCCUCUGAUCGUCUGCCACCUGGCUUCAGUUGUAGUCUGAUGCGAUUCACUUCUGCAGAAGCACGAGCGGCAGACGUGAUGUCUACAGGGGCAGAGUUUUAUCUCAUGGAAACAUACAAUAAAAUCAAGAGAUAGCAGCAGGCAGAAUAUGCGGGAAUUCACACAAUCAAGGGCACUGUCUGUAGUUAUCACAGGAGUGAUCGAUAUAUUUAUGAACACCAAGUGUGUGGAGAGAACAGUCAGCUUCCACGAAAACACUAUUGAUAUUUUUUACAUUACAGUCAAGGUGAAACUUUUUUUUUUUUAACAUGAUUGUUACUCAAUUUUGUGUUGAAAUAGCUGCUGAGAAAGUAAAUAAUUGUUUUACAUGUUUUACAAGACAUAAAGGUGGCUGUUUCCAGUUAAGCUGCUAUAAAACAGCUUUUUUAUACACCACAUUACAUGACAUCACUUUAGGAUCUUGUCUCCACUCAAUGUGCACUCGAGGAAGGCUAUAAAACCAACACCUAUAAAUCAAAGUAAGGGAUAUUGUCAUCACUCUCUCUUGUUUGUCUCUCACUCUGUCUGUCUCUCUUUCUUACUUCAGCUUGUCAGCUCUAGAAUAAAGCGAAAACGGAAAUGUAGAUGCACACAGAGAGUGGAGGGUAAUUAUGCACUGAAGUGACAAUAAUGACAUAAAACGUUGUAAGUUUGCUGGUUCCUCUAUAGUUCUACCUUUACCAAUUAAAAGCAAGAACUACAUUACUAAGUUUUCAACCUCUCGUCAGAUUUUUCAAGCUGCUUAAAUCAGCUGAGCUACUAAUAAUGAUAAACUGAUAAUCUUAAUAUUUUCAAAUCUAACAGGUAAAAAAUAAAAAAAAACUGCCCUCUGAUGGGGCGCUCACACCAGGUUUAAGUAAAAUUAUCUACUCGCUUAAUGCUUAAUUUGCGCGAAUCUAGACGCUUGUAUGAAUAGUAUUUACUUGCUUCAUUCGUGCGUCAACUGUAAAUACAAAAGUAAUCCCUGCCAAUUCAACCAGCGGGGUCAAGUGAUAGACAAAGGUUUUUUACAAUUUACUAGGUAAUCCAACCUCCGUACUAAUUUGCCAGAAAAGCCCUUUUUUAUUUCUAUUUCGGUAGUUAAAAAAAAAAGGUAUCAUAUAAUUCGGGACACUCACACACCAACAUGAUUAGUUUGUCCUCCAUUUUAGAUAUCAGUGAACAACUGUCCGUUUUCAUAUGUCACCUGGCAACCUUCAUGCUGAUUGGUUAUCGCGACCCGAAUAUCCACUCAGCUCCCGCCCAAUCUGCGUCAUUCACGCCACCAGAGUAGUACAAACGUCAAAUCGCAUCUUUGCAGUGACUUAACAUGUAAUUCAGUCACGCGAAUUAUUAUACUGUUUAGUUAAAUUGGUGUGUAUGUGGCUUACAGCGCUGUUCGAGCCAGCCUCAAGUGGACACUUAAGGAACUGCAGAUAUUAACAACGUUAAGACCUUGCUUCUCAAGACCAGUGGUUAUUCUUGGUUAUUUCAAAGCAGGACAUAUUUAUCACAACUGCAAUUGAUUUCAGCCAAUCAGUGUGCUGCUUUUCAUCGUCUUUAAGUUUUCUACAUAUUGAGGCCAUGAUGACAUCGGGUAGAUGUUCAUCACUGAUGAGAGGAAAACACCUGAAUUAAAUCCUACAAAUCACAUUUUUCCUCUCAUGUUGACUUUCUUUCCUUUUUUUUCUAGAAGUCCAUCAUAAUUUUGGUGUCUUACUGAUGCACUUGUGUUGUUCCACAGCUGUGUAACCUGGAUAUAUUGGAUCUGUUUUUAAUGCCAAGAUGAUGAUCCACAAACAUGUCCCUGUGAUAGAUUUAUGUUGUGUAAAUAGUUACAGAGCUGCAGAAAUCCUCAAAGUCAGGGUCUGCAGUGUCUUCAGUGCUUUUGUGGCUGUUGUUGAGACCUUCAAUUACAUGAGUGCAGAACAGCUUCUUCACCAUACUGUCAUUAAAGGUUUGAAAAAUGUCAGGAAUGUUUACUGUAAAGACUGUAAGGCACGGCAAGAGACACUUUAAUUUUGUACAACACUGAAAACCGAGAGGAAAACAUGCUUUUUGAAACUUGGUAAAGAGGUCAGUCUCUUCCCAGACCACCUGAGAAGGACAGUGUAGGCGAUGAUAAUCAACAAACAGUAACUUUUUAUCCAUUAGUGAGAAUCACUAUUUAGUUAAUGCAGUAAUGCAGCGUUUGUCACACCAAUAUGUGAUAUCAUUCUCAGGAAUAUCUCCAGCACUUUUAUAACUACAAGCCCAGGCCACAGAGACAGAAAAGGACUGCAUACAAACAUGUGGACACUGACUGGAACACUGACAUGUGCGAUAAGAUCCAGGAGAUGCAACGCUUCUUUGGUUUACCUCCGAGUGGGGAGUUGACCAGUGAGACCCUGGCCAUGAUGAAGAAGCCGCGCUGUGGUCUGUCAGAUGUGGAACAUUUUGAAGAGACGAUCCGCUGGAAGAAGAACACGCUGAGCUACAGGUGAGAGGUGGUCAUAUACAGUACAGUGCAAAUUGUGGUGAUGGGACUCAAUGGAAAAGCAAACAUGUUGCAUCAGGUUAAAUAACAGCCUGUAACAUUGGGGACUAGCUUAUUAUCUUCAGUCAGAGUGGUGCUGAACGCUGACAGACACAUAGCUGCGUGAAUACAAUAGGAGGGCUUACAGGCUAGAGUUCAACAAGAAUUAUUCACCAUAUUCACUGUCCAAUGCCCCCUAUGCACAAAAACCUAUAAAAACUGAGAACUCUACAGCAGAUUUACAGGGAUGCUUUUUAUGACCUACAAAGAAAACAAACUCAUCAGCAACAAGACAAUCAUCAUUUUCAGUGGCUGAAAUUGAAACAUGGAGGCAGGUUUGAGGCUGAAUGUUCAACACAACAAGUGCACCACAACAAGUAUUACGAAUGAGUGCCACAUUUGACCCUUGAAAGGCAGCAGGAGGAGUGAUUUUGCCCAAAAGCAUUAUGUACGCAUGUAAAGGACAAGAUUAGCCCAGAGUGGAGGGGUACCACUUGAUCCAUGUGGGUUUCAUAGCUGACACAACAGGAUUGCUCCUCACAAGAACUUCAAACUCAAAGUCAGCUGUAUUUUUAAAUCUUACUAUGAACCCAUCUGUACUAUAGAUGUUUAUUACAUUUUAAGCUUAUAACUGUGCUUAACUAUAGAAACAUAACCUCUCCAGAGUGCUGCUCCCCAUCACUGCUGGGAAGAUUUUUAGCUCUAAUGGCUUUAUUAUUUGAGAGACUGGAUAGUGGAUUUGGACAGUGGUAAGAGGGGAUCAGCAUGCAGCCGAAGGUGAGGGUAACAAUUACAGACUGUAUAUUAAAAUGGAAACAUACACAAAAAGAUUUAAAGCUCUCCCUCAUGCUUGACUGCAGUAAAGAUCAUAGACUCUCGUCUAUAGUUGUAAGUUUUGGGGUUUUGAAAUGAUGAUUGACUGACAGCUCUGUCUACAAAUGUAGGUCCUGCAGCUACACCUGCACCCUCUCUGUUUUUUCCGCUCUGCACUUAGCAAGUUCUCCGUAAAUGUUGCAGAGGAUGUAUGACUUUGGGAGGCUUGGAUUGAGUUUUUUAAUCUAAAACAAGUGGAGAGAGAAUUGGUCAUCAGCAGCUGGGCACCGGCUUGCAGAAAAGGCCAGAUUUAUGCAAUUUCUAUAAUGAUGACACAUUAUUCCCUGGUAUGGAGGCCUGACAUCAUGUUAUCUGACUCCUAUCAAAGCCAGGAUCAUGACCAAAAGAGCAUCAACUAUUGACAAAGCAUUCAUGGGAAAAGCAUGACUAAAUGCAGUCAAGCAGUCCAAGCUUGUAUUGGCACUGCAAUACAGGUGUUGUUUGGCUGUGGAUUCACACUAAUUAAACUCUUAUCAUGUAUGUCACUGCAAAAAAAACAAGUGAAACAAACACAUUUUUCAUGUCCAAUAAAAAAAAAAAAAAAGAGUUGGAUUUAGUUGUAGAUUCUUUCUUUGUCUCACAGGAUUGCCGGCUACAACUUCCCCAUACCCACCUCAAAGGUCCAUAAAGUCUUUAGAGCAGCAUGGAAGAUCUGGUCUAAUGUUGCACCCAUAAAAUUUCGUAAAAGGAGCAGGAAAGAGGCCGACAUCGUUAUCUCCUUCCACAACGGAGGUAAGCUCAAAAAGAGACAUCAAACAGCAGCACAGUGGUCAUCAUUGAUGUACAGUAUGACAUUAAAGUUUCAUAAAGAUGAUGUUCAACUGCAGACCAUAAGGACGGCUCACCUUUUGAUGGUAAAGGAGGAAUCCUGGCUCAUGCCUUUCUGCCCGGCUCAGGGAUUGGUGGAGACGUUCACUUUGAUGCUGAGGAAGACUGGAGCUUUAAUACUACAGGUAACAGAGUCACAAACCCUACAUGAUAAAACAAAACCCCAGAGCCAUCAUAUAUUGUGAUUAAAUUAUGUUUGUGCAGGGUCUGCAAGCUUGCAUUGUUAAAGUCUCUCCACACUGGGUAUGUGUAUUUUGGUAUUCUUGGACCGUAUUUCACCUGACUGAGCUAAAGCUGCAGCUCAACCUUACAGUGCAUGCAAAAAUACUGAGUGUCAAAGUUGUUUUGAUAUGAGUUCUCAUGGCGGGCUGCACUGUUUUAUUUGGGAACCUAGUAUGACAAACCAUGGGAAGCAGUGGUUAUUUGCACAGACCUGUUUAGCAAUAGGACUUCUCCUAUUCCAAUGAAGUCAUCAAGUGUUGUCAUAAUUUAAGAGAAAAAUGCUAGUUCCCAAGAGUUUGGUUGGAUGUAUCUCCACCACUAUGAUGAGGUGUGAAUGUUUUUUUGACUGUGCAAAAAAAAAAAAAAAAAAAAGUUCAUCCGGAAAUGAACUCACCCAUAACUGUACACUAAAUUAUGACCUCUUGAAACUGUUAAACUCUAAAUCUACAGCAAAUCCCAUUUGAAUUUUUGGCAAGGAAGGAAGAUGCAUAAUAUUUCUAAGAGCUACAAUGUGAAGAAAAAUCGCUGUGAACUUAUCACCUUAACAGUUACUAAUGUAGGAGAAAAAUCUACCUCUUUGUGAAUCCGUACGCUGAGCAACAGCAGCAGACCUGAAAACUUACUGGAGCAGGAUUACAGCCUUUCUACUUCCUGUUUGUUUGCUCCAGGUUUCAACCUGUUUGCUGUAGCAGUCCAUGAAUUUGGUCACGCUCUCGGCCUUCCCCACUCGUCUGACCCUGGAGCGAUCAUGUACCCUGCCUACAACUUUGCCCCCACUCAUGAGCUCCAGCUCUCCCUUCGUGAUGUCAAAGAUGUCCAACACAUAUACGGUAGGUUCAGAACAGGGAUCAUAAGUGAUAGAAAUACUGUAUUUAUAACCUUGAAACCUUAUUUUUACCAUUUACCGUUGUCACGUAAGUAAGAGGCAAGAGUCGCACAUACAUACUAGGGCAGUUUUUCAAUAAAAACUUAGAAAGUUUCAGUUAUAUCAGAUCACAUUGUUGUGGUCUAAGAAAAUAGACUCUAAACAGAAUAUCCUACAUCUCAUAUGUAGUUUUUUUAAUUAGCAAACAGAAGUAAAUGCUCUACCUGGGAAGACAUUGUCCCUUAAUUUUUGUGGAUUUGUGGUGUCCCUACAUAUGCAGGAUUACUUUUUUCACUUAGUUUGAAAUUAGUAUGUGAAUAACAUGUGAAGGGAUUAGAUGUUUUUACAAGAAUAACCCAGUUCACCUUAAGCAUCUCUGUUUCCUGCAGGUAUCAGCCCCAAUUUUGCUUCACUUUUCUCCAAAAACCCUCCCCCAAAAACACCCAACAAAUGUGAUCCAGAUUUGUCUUUUGAUGCUGCCUCAGAGUUACAGCAGGAGGUCCUCUUUUUCAAAGACAGGUGAGUCAACUUAUACCUGAUUCUCCUUGUCAAAAAGGGGCAGCGGCUUAGCUUGGUUGGAAAAACAGGCGCCCCCUGUACUGAGACUACAGUCUUAGUUGCACUAAUAGCAGGAUGGAUUAAUUCUGGCAUGAUUUGGUGCACAUGUGCAGUAAGUUGCCCACUGAAAAUUGUAAGACUCAGGACAAAGAGAACUCUUCAGGUUGAUGUGUGGUAACCAGGCAUGCCUUGUUAGGAAAACAGUAUUUAAUGCAUGCACAGGAAGCAACCAAACUGUUACUCCUGAAAUACUUUUGCAUUAACAAGGGAUCAUUGAAACCAAACUUUUCUUAGCACACUGACACUGAACAUUUAGCUGUUCAUGUUUCCUGUAUAUCUCUUAAUGACAGAAGAGGCUGUAUGAAGCUGAAUGAAAUAAUUAAAAAUUCAAUUGAAUGCAACUAAACUUGAAAGUUUAGCCAUAGAUAAAUUAAUAAACAAACAUGUGAAGUGAUUAAUAAAGAAAAUGAUUAUUUUACAUUCAUCUGUUCCAGAAAAGCCUGGGUUUUUGUAGUUACUUCAUAGUACAUCGAACAAUUGAGUAGCCAAAAUGUGAACUGUUUUAACUCUCUUCAUUUUCAGGUUUAUGUGGCGCAAACAUCCAAAGUUUGAUGAGACAGGAAUCACCCUGAUCAGCAGUCUGUGGCCGGAAUACGUACCCCCUUACCUGGAUGCUGUCUAUGAGAAUAUGGAAAAAAACUUUGUUUUAUUCUUCAAAGGCAAGACCAUGUAAAGUCUGCACAUGAUUUUUAUCAUGCAGUCUGUUUUGUACUGGCUUUUCUAAUAUAAAUGUCUAAAUAAGAAGUGAAUUACAUUGUAUAAGUGACUUUUUGUUUGUUGUAGGCCAUCAGUACUGGGUUUUGAGGCAGCUAAAACUCCAGGAGGGGUUUCCGAGAAACAUCUCAGACUUUGGCUUCCCCUCCAGGAUAAAAUCUGUAGAUGCUGCUCUUCACUUCAGGAAUGAACGCUCCACUGUUUUCUUCACAGGCCACGAGUGUUGGAGGUAGGCCUAUUUGAGACCCAGUUUCCCAGCUUUUCCACUUGUUUUUUUUUCUUUUUAUGCCAAGCCUGUAUGGCACUAGGAUGAUUUUUCUCUAAAAGGAAAGCAUGUCGAGCAGUGCCACAAAUCAAAAAAGUGAAAAAAGACAAGAUGUUAGACCGCUAAAAUCUCUUGUUCUCCCAUUCACAAGUCUAGCCCAGUCUCACAGUCAAUUUCACAAUAUCCAGAGAAAAACCGCACACAGAAUCCCCUAUUUAGUCACUUAUUUUCCGUUUUUGGUGUCAGUAAGCAGAUUUUUGGUGUAAUACUGAAUAACUGACUUCCUCUAUGAGUAAAGGCAGCAUGACUUACUGUCACUGGGACUCUUAUUCAGUGUGGGUUCUCAAGUAAAUAAACAUGAUGACUCUGCUGCUAUACAAAUGUUUUCCUCGCCUUGUAUCUGUGUCCUGGAGCAAGAUUCACAGCUUCGUUAUGUUUUCUUUGUGUACAAUAUGAAGGUACAACGAGCUGGAGAGGAAAAUGGAAGGAUCACCAAUGCCCAUAGAAGCACAGUGGCCAGGGGUUCCAACUCCAGUAGAUGCAGCUGUUUUCUAUGAAGGUAGUUUCAUUGGUUUCAUUUAAAAAACUGUUAUAACCUGCAAAAUUUGCCACAUCUGUCACAAAUCGACUCCAGCGUUCAGUGAUGUCAGGAUGAGAGCUCACAGAGCAGCUCUGAGCAGCACAGAGUGCAGAUGCUAACUGUUAGUGGUAAUCUCAGUCACAAUUCAAUGAAAAACUGGAGCAAGUUGCAUUAAGAUAACCUGUGAUUAAGUUUAAUCCAAAUCUAACAUUGUUUUUAUUUUCCCAGUAUUUAUCUUCUCCAUGAUAGUAAUGAAAGAGAACCCUGGCCAACAAUUUAAAGCCUUGAUUCAUUUGUCAGACAUGUCGUGGUCAUAACAGACAUAAUAUUCUUUAUUGUACAUCUCCAGUACCAUGACAGUUAGUUAGCCGUGUAAAAAGUUGGGCAGGAAAACAGAUUUUGGCACUUAGUUUAUCAUGUAAACCUAUUGUUUUAUUGAAAAUACAGUGAACACAGCAUCUUGCAUUUCAUUGUUUCGAGUUAAAUUUUUAAUUGGAUGGCAGUAAAAAGUUUCUUAUUGGAACAACAAAACACUGGAAGAGCUGUGUAAUACAAAAGAAAAGUUCAUUAUAAAUUUGAUUUUUGCAACAUGUGUCUAAAAGAGUCCUGCAAGAUUAAAACCUGGAGGUACCCUUCCUCUUAAGAUUAAUUGGCAGCAGGUUAGUAACAUGACUGGGUAUAAAAUGGGCGCUGCAGAGAGGGUGAAUAUCUCAGAGGUGAAGAUGAGGAGAGAUCCACUACUCUGUGAGAAACUGUGUGAGCAAGUAGUUCUACAUUUCAGAAUACAGCUACAGAUUUUGAGGAUUUCAUCAUCUACAGUACAUGAUAUCACUGAAAGAUCCAAUAAAUGUAGGUUAAUCUUUCUACAUGUAGUAAAAGGCAGAAAAAAAAACUGGAGACGUGAUAUUUGUAGGUCAUAAUACAUUUGACGAAAACAUGCCUAGGUAGUGUAAACUUCUGCAUGGGCUCAAAAUCACUUCAAAAACCAUUGUCUGUGAACACAGUUUGUUGUAACAUCCAUAAAUGCAGGUUGAAACCAUGUAAAGAGGAAAUAUACCAGAUACAAACAUGAGCCAAACAUACUAGUGUUGUUGUUUUCACAAAUACAAGCAUUUUUAAAUCCCAGAUGUCUUCAAUUAUCAGCUGACAAAACUCAAGUUAAAACAAUUUGGUUAUUAUUGUCUGCUUUCCGUAAUUUCUGCACAGACUUUUAUAGCUUCAAUUAAUCUUUACUGGACAUUGAAAACCAAGAUAAUGUCCAUUUUAUGUAAUACCAUAUUAAAUCUUUUGUCCUGACAGGAUUUGUGCACUUCUUCAAGGGAAAUAUUCACUACAAAUUUGACCCAAACUCAAAACGUGUGGUCUCCACGGGCCCCCUCAAUGACCAGCUGGACUGCAUUAAGACAGAGGACAAUGAAAUACUGGCUGAGAGAGGAUGA